CGUGCCGCUCGGCAGCCGCCGCUCCCGGACGGCGCUCGGCGCCGGCCCCGCGCGGGGGCCGCAGCCAUGAUAAAGCGCUUCCUGAAGGAAGACUCGGACGAGGCAGAGCUGGCCCAGUUCCUGAAGGACUAUCCUGGGGGAGAAAACCUUCGGAAGGUGGAGCCCGAAGAGAGCAGGCGGGAUCCUGGGCCUGGCCACCCCUUCUCCGGCGUAGGCAGGGCACCUGCUGAUGACCCCGCAGAUGAGAAAGAUGCCAAGCCUUUCUCUCGGCCUCGGCCCUUGGAUUUUCAGCAGCACAUCACGGCCCCUGCACCACCAAGCCCCUCUCGGCCCCGGAGCCCCUGGGGCCAGCUGGACCCCUAUGACUCCUCUGAGGAUGACAAGGAGUACGUGGGGUUUGCGACGCUUCCCAACCAGGUCCAUCGGAAAUCGGUGAAGAAGGGCUUUGACUUCACACUCAUGGUGGCAGGGGAAUCCGGGUUGGGGAAAUCCACCCUCGUGAACAGCCUCUUCCUCACGGACAUGUAUAAAGAUCGCAAGCUCCUUAAUGCUGAAGAGCGCAUCACACAGACAGUGGAGAUCACCAAGCAUGUUGUGGACAUCGAAGAGAAAGGUGUCAAGCUGCGUCUAACCAUUGUGGACACCCCAGGUUUUGGGGAUGCUGUGAACAACACUGAGUGCUGGAAGCCUGUGGCUGACUACAUUGACCAGCAGUUUGAGCAGUAUUUCCGUGAUGAAAGUGGUCUGAACCGAAAGAACAUCCAGGACAACCGUGUCCACUGCUGCAUCUAUUUCAUCUCGCCCUUUGGUCAUGGCCUUCGCCCCCUGGACGUGGAGUUCAUGAGAGCCCUGCACCAGCGGGUGAACAUUGUACCUGUCCUGGCAAAGGCUGACACCUUAACUCCCUCUGAGGUGGAGCGCAAGAAAAACAAGAUCCGGGAGGAGAUUGAACACUAUGGGAUCCGCAUUUACCAGUUCCCUGAGUGUGACUCAGAUGAGGACGAGGAAUUCAAGCUACAGGACCAGGCACUGAAGGAGAGCAUCCCAUUCGCUGUGAUUGGCAGUAACACGGUUGUGGAGGCCAAAGGCCGACGUGUUCGUGGGCGGCUCUACCCCUGGGGCAUUGUGGAAGUGGAGAACCCAGCCCACUGUGACUUUGUGAAGCUGCGCACGAUGCUGGUGAGGACACACAUGCAGGACCUCAAGGAUGUAACACGGGAAACUCACUAUGAGAACUACCGCACGCAGUGCAUCCAGAGCAUGACCCGCAUGGUGGUGAAGGAGAGGAAUCGCAACAAGCUGACGAGGGAGAGUGGGACAGAUUUCCCCAUUCCCGUCAUCCCUGCAGUGCCGGACUCUGAGACAGAGAAGCUCAUCCGGGAGAAGGAUGAGGAGCUGCGGCGGAUGCAGGAGAUGCUCCAGAAAAUCCAGAAGCAGAUGAAGGACUCUCACUAGCCCUCUUCUCCUCCUCCUCCUCCAACCCUGCCCCACUCAGAGACCAGAAAUGUUUACACCACGCUACAUCCUGUCCAAGCCAAGCUAGGAAACUCGGUACCAACAACACACCUAUCACCUUAAGCUGCUGCAGUAUCGCCUUAUCGAGUCUUGCAACGCUUGUCCUCUGGGAACGUCAAAGAGACACGGCUUCGUUUGUCCCGGGGCUGCCGGCUGGCACACGCCCUGGGAUUCCCCCCAUCAACUCGUGUCCUGUCCAGCUGCCAUGUCGUCUCCCCUGUGCUGUGUGCCGCUUUCCACCCUAGCGGUCCUUUUUGUCCCUGCUGCCUCAGCUUUUGCUCUGUUUUCCCAUACAUCUCACAGCCUGGUGCCUGCUCUCUGCUCUACCCCUGCCCUGAGACCCUGUGGGCUGCCAGACCAGCAGGAUGCGUGUUUUGACCUGGCCUUGGGGAACUGCAGGCAGCAGGCUCAGUGUGUCCAGAAUGUCGGUGUAGCUCCCAAGAGGGGUGCUGGGCAGCUCCUGGUACCCUGGUUAUCCUGCUCCCCUGCCACCUACUCAACAGCCCUGUCCCCAUCCCACCUUAGGCUGUCUGUUCAUGCUACAGGGUUUACACAGAGGAGAGCUUGGCCAGUGGCUUAAGGAAAGGUAACAUGGGGGCCAAAGUGAAAGGACUAGUCCAAGCCUCAAAACACUGCAGCCUGGUGUCAUACACCUGGAGAGCAAAUUUUCUCAUCGGACUAGCUGGGGGCUGUUUCCUCUGAACAGAUGCUCUGCAAGAUCCCUUCAGGGUGGCAGUGCAGGAGUAUGGCCCCAGGAGGCUGGUGUGUGGUAUCUGCUGCCAGGUGCUCCUCGCACCUCGGCCAGGGCGGUAGCUGCUCUGCACCAUGUCUCACUCAUCUCUCAGCUUCUUCCAGAAGUGGCCCCAACCUCCACUGGCUGAUUUUGGAAUAGGGAACCAUCUCGGAACACAAUUCCCUCUUGUGGCUUGGUGCACAGCAGCCAGCACAUCCUGCCUACCAUUAAGCUUGACUUGGACACAGAGGGAUACUGGCUGUGGGGUAGGAACUUCAGUGUGGAGGCGUGGGGCAUGGAGGGGCAUCUUGGCCAGGGAUGGGAUCCAGGACAUUGUCCUUUGUCCGCCUCUGUGCCACCACCAGUAAGAGGAUGGCCUCAAGCUCAGUGGUGCCCAGGGCUAUGUCAAACCCUGCAUCCUCUGCAGAAUCUGUGCCCCCACCAAGCACCUUGUACUUGCUCCCCUUAGAAACACCCAAGCAAACCCUUGCGGAGUUCUGGGCCACACCAGGCUUUUCAGGGAAAUGUACGGCACUGCUCUUGGGAACUGGGACUGGCCAUGCAGCAGGGUCCAAAUUCCUUGAGCGAUGCUGGAGAGGACAGCCCUUCUCAGCGGGGCCGUGGCCAGGCUCUUGGAUGAGGAAACAGACCCUCUUAAGGGCUACCUGCUGUCCCCAGGGCUGAAAUGGUGGAUGUUCAUGGGAAGACACUGGGCAAGGAUUUCCUCACCUGGAGCAGGGUGUUGUGGGUGCAGCCUGGACCUGCACCCAUCCCUCCUGGGGUGUUUCAGCCUCUGGAGCUGCUUGCUUUUCUGUCAUGUGCCUGUGUCACCGAAGGAUGUCCCCAGUGUAUGUGAGGCUUCCCAUUUAAGCACUGCUGUGUGCUCCCGCUGGCAAGCCUGGGCCUGUACCUACCCAUGAGUGGCUGCAGAGCAUCUCUGGCACCCACAGCCCCAGGGCACUGAGGGCCAUGGAGUAGGAGCAAGGAGCCUGAUCCUGCCCUGAAAUCUUGGCUCCCCCAGCUUCCUGCCUGGUUGCUGGGAAAGACAAAAGGAGAUGGUGAGGCUGUGGGGAGGGCUGGAGUGGCCCUGAAGGGCUGGGAGGCAGGAACUGGGAGCAGUGGGAUCACUGGGAAUGAGCUUGCAUAGAUGAGCUUUACCUGUCCCCGGCAGCACUAGCAGUGGGGCCAUCCACUGAGCCGGGGGAACCUCCCGGGUAGCUUCGAGGAGCACUCCUCAGGCCCAGCAAGAGGUUUGCAUCCCAAUAGUCCACGUGUCUCGGCUUGAAGAUGACUGAAGUUACCUUGAGGAUCAGCGUAGAUGUCGCAGGGCAUUUGGGGAAAUGCCUGUCACAUGCGUGACCUGCGUUCCUGAGUCGGCUGCAAGCCUGGGGGGGGGUCCCUUCUCCCACCACAUGUGCGGGCAGGGACCCCCCUCCAGGGUAUAUUAGUGCUUUCAACUUCCUUUUUUAUCUUGCUAUUUUCUUACAGAAAUACCUACCUUUGCAUGACAGUCAUAAAUGCAUUUAUUAAAGUAUAUAAAGAGUAUAGGUUUAUAAAUUCUUACAGUUCUAGUGGAAAUAUUUUUAUCCCUCCAAAGAAGUUCUCAAUAAAUACAGCUGACUUGGCUUGUC